AUGAUAGAAAAUUUUAAUGUUCAUGCAGAACGAAAAGUGAAAAAUGAGUUUAAAUAUCUCAAAGAUUCCAUUAUAGAUCUGGAAUACAGAAUGCGUAUGUUCCAUAAAAAGCUAGAGAAUAUUGUCGAACAAUGUCAGUAUAUGUAUUCAGAUAAUUAUGAUUAUAAUAGCAAUACCUCAAAUUCUGAAACUGAAUUAUCUGAUGAUGUAGAAAUUCUCACAUGCACCUCAAAGCCAGCAAAAAAAUUACACGAGUCUAAAGACCUCGGCUCUAUCCAUUCUAAACCUAAAAAGAAACGAAAUAAGAACAAG